AUGGCAUCUUAUGAUGCAGCAGUUCUCAACGGGAAGCUUCUCGUCAAGGAAAGCUGGUUAUGGCCCUUUUAUGUCUCUCCAAGGGGACAAGUCUAUGAUCCCAGAACAGAUAAUUGGGAAAACAUGGCUGUUGGACUUAGAGAAGGCUGGAUCAGUUCAAGUGUCGUUGUUUAUGGCCACUUGUUUGUUGUCUCUGAGCUCAAAAGAAUGAAGCUAAAGGUCUAUGACACGGAAACAGACUCCUGGGAUGCCAUAGAUGGCCCCCCUUUGCCUGAGCAAAUAUGCAAGCCUUUUGCUGUCAAUGCUUGCGAUUGCCAUAUUUAUGUCGUGGGCCAAAAUCUUCAUGUUGCUGUUGGUCAUAACUCUAGACUGCUUCCAGACGAAAAUUCUGACGAAAAAUGGAGCUUCAGUGUUCGGUGGCUUGUAAUCGAUGCAUCGGAGAGUUUAUUUGAUCACACUCCUCUAAGCUCGGAGAGUUUAUCUGAUCACACUACUUCAAGCUCUCAGGUGCUAACUGGAAGUGCUGAAUUUGCUGCUUCUGGAUUUGGUGAAGUAUUGUUGAUUGGAAAUGCAGAAGGAAAUUAA